CACGCAGGCAGGCAGACGACAAAAAAACAGCAAACUGAAAAAAAUGAUAAAUUAUUAAACGUAAUUAAUUAAUUAGUCAUUAGUAGAAAUUCCUUUUUUCGCGAUGUGGUAGAAAUUGUAUCAUCGCUUUUCUCCUUUUAUUUCGUAGUUGGGUUUUGAUUUUUCAUUUUAAUUAUUUGAAUUUGAUAAAUUUGAUAAAUUUGAUUGCUGAAAAUAACAAAACUAAACUUGCCAUUUGCCAAUUCUUGGUUUUUGAAGUUUGAUCAGGUUUGGUGUAAAUUACAGCGUGUAAUCAAAAAUACAGCAAAAUGUUGUCACCAAAACCAAACAAAGUCCCAGAUGUUCGUCGAACCAGUAGCAGCAGCAGGGGAAAGAACGAUGGUCGGAGAAAUCGUAGCAGUGACCGCAGUCUUGAUUCUAACCGUGGUCGUAGAAAUCAAAUAAGAUCUCCACCUUCGCAAUUACAGCGCAACCGGCCUGCAACUGUCCCAUUCCAUUCAUCGACGAAAUUAAAACGUCAACCGUUUCCAGCACUGAGGCGAUUGAGCGGUGGUAAUUCUACACCUGUGCAAAAUCGGCGACAGGAUUCGGGAAGUGAGACGAAAACUGAGAAGGGUGGAAUUUGGAAAAGACUUGGCGAAAGGCCCCGCCUUGGUUCAGAUAGCAGCACUUCACCCACUUCUCCAAAAGAUGUGAAUGGGCAUAACAGCAAGUUUUUAGAGUUUCGACAAAAAUGGGAAGCAAAUGUGACCAAGGAAAAGAAUAUGCCAUCAUCACGGCCUUCAGCAGUCGUGGCAGCAAAAGAUAAGGUGGCGGAGAAGGUCUUGCGAGCAGGAUCGGGGGGAACGGGAUCGAAAAUCCAGACAUCAACCACAGCAACAUGUUCAAAGGAAAAAGUAAAGACGGGUCAAUUUGAGGAUCCGAUCAAGGUGGAAAUUAAGCAAGUUUCUCGAAUUUCGGUGUCGACUCGGGAGUCAUAUCCACCAGUUUCAAGAGUUGCAAGGAGCAGGGUCGUAAACGAAACUUUUUUGAAACCUGAACGGAAACUAUCACUACCUUUUCCUCCACACGUUGUGCCAUUAUCAUGGAAGAAGAGUGUACAAAACCACACUGCAACUUCUAAUAAGCCUCGCAACCCCAUACAGAAUGUUCCUUCACCACCUGUCCUAAACUUUACUACUUACAGUAACAACUCUACAGACCAGUACACGUCACUGGGUGCCUUUCCGAUGACCUACCCUUUUGGCCAUUCUGCUAUUCAACCGCUAGAAAAAUUAGCUUGGGAUGCGAAAAAGCAAUCGCAGUCUAGCUUUGGAUGGUACAAUCCAACGUCUUCGUUGCUGAAUCCGAUCCUUCCUGUGCUUCCACGACUGAAGAAACCGGAUAACCUAAAAAUUGUGGAUGAACCAUCUCUUCUUACUGUUGGAGAUCUUACACCACACAAGAUUGAAGAUAAUAGUGAUAGCUUCUCGCUGACUUCACUAAGGUACAUUUCAAACUCGACAAUUGUCGAAGGAAUUCUGUCCGAUGAUUCUGAAAAUGAAGAUGCAUUUUUAUGAUUUUCAGCAAUGUUCAAUAUUCUUAACUUUUACAGUUUCACGACAUGUAUUAUGUAUGUAUUCAGAGAGGAGUAAUCUUUAUUUGUUAAUUAAUACUUCAUUUAUUAUUAAGUAGCUGCAUAAUAUUAAUAUUAGAGUUUGUUUAGUGAACGCCUGCCUCCUUCUUCUUCCUUCAACAACUACUUAGGUCUUGGCUUUGAGUUUCACAUAGAGAAGUUUCAAGUUUAAAUUUGUUCAAUCUAUUAGUUUAUGUUGCUCUUAUAUAAGUCACUAAUUUCUAAUUUGUCAUACAUUUCUAUUUAUCCACCGUAGGAGAGAAAUUAUUUCAAGUAAGAGGUUUAGUUUUGAUGACUCAUACAUCACGUACAUAGGUCCGGUUUCAGCAGUGGCUCUUUGUUGGUCGACAUUAUGAUUCACAAGUUUUUGAGUUUAGCAAAAAAUAGCCUCGUGCUAUGCAAGCUAAAGUUUUCUAACAGGUGGUAAUUAUAUUAGGCAACAUGUGAUGUGGUGCAUGUUUAGCCAACCACCUUACAUUUAAGUAAUUUAAGUUUCAUUUAGACUUUUUUGUCCUUGGCUUUGAAUUUAAAUUCAGGAUGCUGUGUAGUGUAUUUAUAGGAACAUUUUAUCUGCAUGAUGAUUUAGUGGAAUGACAUGCAGAAUAGAUGAUCAUCAUUAUUCACUAUUAUUCGCUUUGUUGCGUUCAUCUCUCUGUCCAGUAUUAUUAUUACACAUAUUCAACUCUGCCAGUAACCAACAAUCUGAUGAAAUACAUAAAUUGACAGUGCAGCUUUCCUCCCCGUAAUUUUCCCAGAGGUAGUAAAAAAUUAAUGCCCACAUACUUUUAAGGUCAUCGGGCAGAACUCUAUGCCAAGGUUGCCAACUGAAUACGUGUUAUUCAGCUCUAUGUUAUAAAGUUACAUAAAGUUACUUUUACUCAACUGACAUGAAGAGGCUGUUAGUUUAUGGUAUGUGGAAGUUGUUGAAAAGUUGAGAAAAAUUGUAGCACUUGUCCAGUAAUAUACCAUCCUUCCAAUUUAACUGUUCAUAAAUUUUGGACUUUUAUUCAGAUAAGAAUAAGUUUAUUUUAAGUGAUAAAUGCUUGGUUAUGUAUUUAGCUUAAUCAGACUGUGUUAAGUUGAUCCUUGUUCUUGUUUAAAAUAAAUUGUCUUGCAGUCAAUGCAUCCUUGUUAAAAAUGAAGUAAUAAAAACAACCGUCAACACGGUUAUUGUGUCGAAUUUUAAGAAAAAAAGAUACGCAGUUAUCAAACUAACUUGUGGUCAAAGUCUUCCCAUUAUAUUUCUCCAAGAGUGCUAAAGUGUGACGUUCUUACUUUAUUAAAUCACUAAUUAAGGAAAUAAAUUCAUACAAAACUGACAUUAAGAGGAUACCGCUCUCUCGAUACUGGAUUCAUAAAAACAACAACAAUCUGGUCAAAGCUUCAUAAAGCACCAGCAGCAUUUUCUCUAGUGCACAAUUCAUACCCCACUUCAACAACAGUAAAUAAAUAAAGAUUUAAAAACCGAACACAUUAUGGACGCCAGAAGAACCUCCACGCUACCGGCAUCAGACGACUACUCGGACGUGGAAAAACAGAAACUUGCAGAAUUUCGAAAAAAGGUUGACUAUAUUUUGGAAACAGAAGACCAAAAGGACGACUCAUUCCUUAUUCGAUGGCUGAGAGCUAGAAAUUUAGACGUGACCAAGGCUGAAGAAAUGUUGAGAUUUUCAAUGAAGUGGCGCAAGGAAAAUGACGUUGACACCAUUUUGGAAAGACAUGAAAUGCCAGAAGAUUUACGGUCCAUGGCUCCAAUUGCAUAUUGUGGGGUCUCAAAGGAAGGUUAUGCCGUUUUUGUCGUUCCGUUUGGAAGACAUGACGCGAGAUAUGGUAUUGAAAAGUACGGAAUGGAAGCAAUGGAACGCUAUCAAACGAUGAAUAUGGAGGCGGUUACAAAAUUAUUGCACGACGAGGGCAUAAAACACGGAAGGAAAGUUACACAAAUGAUUGAAAUUGCGGAUUGUGAAGGGUAUUCAUAUCGACAAAUGUCAAAUAGACUAUGUCGUGAAUUUAUGACAAAAAUGCAGCACCAAAUGGACCUGCACUAUCCGGAAUUUCUUCGAUAUGCAAUGAUAGUUAAUGCUCCAAAAAUCUUUGUCACGCUUUUCAACAUGUUCAAACCACUCAUCCCCAAAAACACAUUGGAGAAGAUCGAGAUUUUUGGACCUGACCCUGAAAAGUGGAAGGCUGUCGUCCGACAAAAGUUUCCUGUAGAAAAUAUUCCCGCUCACUGGGGUGGAACACUGGAAGGUGUGGACGAGUAUUGUUCUGGGCACGAGAUGUGGAUGCAGGGACCUAAAGAUAUGAGAGCAGUUAUGCGAGGUCUCACCGAAGCAGACGCCGACUUUCACAAAACCAUCGUUAACGCAAGGGACAAGUUUGUGAAAACAGUUGAAGUUACCGAGAAAAGUACAAUUCUAGAGUGGAAAUUCAAGACGGACAAUCACGACAUUGCAUUUCAACUCAACGUUGCUCCUGAUAAUAAUUCUAAUAACAAAAUCAAUAAUAAUAUUGCAAAUGGAAAGAGUAAAGAUCUUGAUACAAUUGACAUCGUCCCGUACGCCCGAGUUGACGCUCACAAUCAAGUACAGGAAGGAUCCCACUGUUGCGAACUCACUGGAACGUAUUCCUUCAUUUUUGACAACUCGUUCAGUAUGAUGAAAACAAAGACUUUGCUCUAUCAAGUUAACGCUGUUGAUCCCGACCAUCAAGAUCAUCCCGAAAAGUUUGAAGAUUGUCCCGAAAUAUUAUAACGAGAUUAUGCCCGAAAUUAUACAAUAUCUAUUUUGUCACAUUUCUAUACACACAAAUUUUAAAACUUUUACCAUGUUUUAGCUAGAAGUUCAGGUUCAGGGUAUCACCUUUCACUUUAAGAUUUUAACAAAAUCUAUUCUUUUGAUUGAUGAACCGGCAUGAUGUAAUUCCUACGGUUAAAUGUGUCAUGUUCUUAAUUCCUUUAUAAUUAUUGAGCAUAUUAUUAUAGAUUAAUAAAGGAAACGUUGCUCAACCAAAUCGGCACGACUGGAAGAAGAAUAUCACAUAAAACAAUGAACAACAUAGCAAUUAAAAUCUAAUAAGCAACAACAAAACAAUAGCUUCAAAUUGGCAGAAUAAAUAUGAAUACUCACAGACCUUCAUUUAAUCCGUAUA